AUAUUAUAGUUAUAUACAUAUAUUUUUUUUUAGCAAAAAAAUAUUAUUAUAUUUAAAGUUUUCAUUUAUGGAACGUGGAGGCAGGUUCCAUCGCUAUCGCAGACAUGCAAAACAACCUUCAAUCUCUGCUGGUGCUAGCUCUGCAGAUCAAGCAAACUCAGUUCUUCCCAGCACUCUGAACCCAAGCCACGCCAAUGGCAGCAAUUCAGCAACGGCGGAAGCCACCCAGAAACAGCAGCAACCUGGUCUGUACAUAGUGCGGGAACAAGACCAGUACAUGCCAAUAGCCAAUGUUAUACGAAUCAUGCGUCGAAUUCUUCCUCCCCAUGCCAAAAUAUCAGAUGAUGCUAAGGAAACCAUACAAGAAUGUGUAUCAGAAUACAUAAGCUUCAUUACCGGAGAGGCUAAUGACCGCUGCCAGCGAGAGCAGCGCAAGACUAUAACUGCUGAGGAUGUGCUUUGGGCAAUGGGAAAACUGGGUUUCGAUGAGUACGUUGAGCCACUGAGUUUAUUUCUCAGUAAAUAUCGUGAGUCUGAGAACGAACGCAACUCUUCUGUUCGUGAUCCGAUUCUUAGACGCAGUGGCGUUACAGUUGCUGAUUAUGGAAAUUUUCCCAUGCCUCCUUUUGUUCCUGGCCUUCACAUGGGUCAACAUGUACCAGGCAUGGGCAUGGGCAUGGGCUUCUUUGAUCCUUCUAUGUAUGGUGGAUAUUAUAGGAAUGCUUUUGAUGGUGCUGGAGGCGGAGGCAGCGGCAGCGGCAGCGGCGGUGCUGGAGGCAGCAGUGGCGGUGGUGCUGGUGGCUCAUCCUAUUCUUCAAAUCCUCAAAUCAACUAUGAUCCAUUUGCUCAGUAUAAGUGACUAGCUAGAAAUGAAAGGAACAUGACAAUAGGACUCCAAAGAAAUAAUGGGGUAUUUUACAGAUUAAUGUUAAAUUAAAAGGGAAAUACAGGAGAAAUGGCAGCAGUGAGAAAGCAUUUGCUUCUUCUCUGUGUUGCUUUCUGCUCUUCAAGUUACUAUUAUAUAGAAUGUUUACUUAACAAAUGACAAUGGCUUAGCUUCCUGCUCGA